AUGCGGGAUCGCAGAGAACAAGGACUCGUAAGUGCUCACGCACCUAUGGAGACCACUGAGGACUACAACAAGGAUGCGUUUUAUGAUGAACUCCCUGCAGUGAUAUCCAAGACACCAUGUCAGCAGGCGGCUAUUAUCGGAAUCGACGCGAACGCGAAGAUGGGACUCGAACAACAAUCCUAUGUGCUAGAGAAGUGGUAUUGUGCCGGUGAGCAAACGUCGAACAACGGUCUGGUAGAUUUCUGUGAGGAGAUAAAUCUCAUCAUUGCUUCCACACUUAAGAGGAGUCAGACUACGUUUCGAAAGGAUAAUACUCCCUUGUCGGAUAUCCAAAAAUCUUGUAGGUGUGGAAUAAUGAUGCGUCACAUUCGAUUCCGACCACCAUCCUGCUUGAAUUGA